AUGUUUGCUUCGCGAUUACCCAAGCGAGUGCUCCAGGUUGCGCGGGCGGCAGCGUUCAGGCGGAUAUCCUCGACGCCCUGCAGAAGGUCGGAUGCGCUCUUCGUGCAUCGGGAUACGCCAUACAACAAUCCCAAGAUCCCCUUCGAAUUCACCUCGGAGAACCUUAAGCGAGCAGAAGAGAUCAUCUCGCACUACCCCCCGCAGUACAAGAAAGCCGCCGUCAUUCCCCUACUCGACCUCGCUCAGCGUCAGAACAAGGGCUGGACGAGUAUCAGUGUCAUGAACUACGUCGCCAAGUUCCUCGAGCUGCCCCCCAUGCGUGUCUACGAGGUCGCCACCUUCUACACUAUGUUCAACAGAGAACCAAUCGGCGCGAACUUUGUGCAGGUGUGCACGACGACGCCGUGUAUGCUGAACGGCGCGUACGAGAUCCUGGACACGGUGUGCAAGGAGCUGGGCGGGAUCAAGCCGGGUGAGACUACCAAGGACGGGAAGUUCACGGUCAUCGAGGUGGAGUGCCAGGGUGCUUGCAGUAAUGCCCCAAUGAUGGUAGUUGGUGAUGACUUCUACGAGGACCUGACACCAGCGACUACGAAGAAGGUGCUGGACGCUUUCGCCAGGGGCGAGAAGCCAAAGCCGGGUCCUCAGAGCGGUCGGCAUACCAGCGAGAACUCGGCUGGGUUAACGGCGUUGACAAGCAAGCCCUACGGUCCUGGAGAGUUUUGCGUAGAGGAGUUCCGGUAG